GGACCUUCCUCCAUCAUUUUUACUAAUCGCUCGCUAUCUUCUUCUCUGCUCUUCUCUCUUAAUUUGAGUCUACUCAAAAACGCUGUCGUUUCUAUGUUUUCUGGUGUAGACGAAAUGAGACCUAACCCGAGAACAUAACGCAACCCGACCCGACUUGACCCGGUUCUCGAAUCUUUGGGAAUCUUUUGAUUGUUGAAGGUACAAUAAACAGAAGAAUCAAAAAUGGAGAGAAAACGACGAUCGAAGAUGAACAUCGCUAUAAUACAUCCAGAUCUUGGAAUAGGUGGAGCUGAAAGAUUGAUUGUGGAUGCAGCGGUUGAGCUUGCUUCUCACGGUCAUAAAGUUCAUGUCUUUACUUCUCACCACGAUAAAUUCAGAUGCUUUGAGGAAACUCUCUCCGGUCUCUUUCGAGUUACGGUGUACGGUUCGUUCUUGCCACGUCACAUUUUCUACCGUCUUCACGCUGUGUGUGCGUAUCUGAGAUGUUUAUUUGUCGCCCUCUGUGUCAUUUUGGGAUGGUCAUCGUUUGAUGUUAUAUUAGCCGACCAGGUUUCGGUCGUUAUCCCGCUGCUGAAACUCAAAAGGUCAACAAAGGUUGUUUUCUAUUGCCAUUUUCCUGAUCUCUUGCUAGCUGAGCACACUACUCCUCUCAGGCGAAUGUAUCGGAAACCAAUUGACUUUGUCGAAGAAGAAACCACAGGAAUGGCAGAUUUGAUUCUUGUUAACAGUAAAUUCACGGAAUCAACCUUUGCCAAUACAUUUAAGCGUCUUCAUGCUCGAGGAAUUCGUCCAGCCGUUCUUUAUCCAGCAGUCAACGUGAAUCAGUUCGAUAAACCACUUUCUUAUAAGUUGAACUUUCUCUCUAUAAACCGGUUCGAGAGGAAGAAGAACAUCGAUUUAGCUGUUUCAGCUUUUGCAAUACUAUGCAAAGAUAAAGAGAAUCUUAAUGGCAUUACCCUCACGGUCGCAGGGGGAUACGAUGAAAGAUUAAGGGAGAAUGUCGAAUAUUUGGACGAUCUCAAAAGUUUAGCCAAAAAAGAAGGCGUGUCUGAUGGAGUAAAGUUUAUCACAUCUUGUUCAACACCAGAAAGAAACGAACUUCUCUCAAAUUGCUUGUGUGUUCUCUACACACCGACGGAUGAACAUUUUGGUAUUGUUCCACUAGAGGCAAUGGCAGCUUACAAACCGGUGAUCGCUUGCAAUAGUGGUGGCCCUGUGGAAACAGUGAAGAGUGGAGUAACCGGUUAUCUAUGUGAACCGACUCCUGAAGAUUUCAGCAAGGCAAUGGCUAAAUUCAUUGGAAAUUCUGAGUUAGCUAACCAAAUGGGAAAUGAAGCCAGGAAACAUGUCGUCGAGUCAUUCUCUACCCAGACAUUUGGACAAAGAUUGAAUCAGUUUCUCGUUGAUGCCUCGUAUCCUAAACAAGAUUGAGAUUGCUAUUCUGAAAACACUUUGCUCAUGUAGUCUGAAACUGGUUGACCAACAGUAUUUGAAAUAAAGUUAAAGAAACAUUAUAUAA